AUGUCUUAUACCAGCCAAGAUACACCUACCACGUUUUUUGUUAAAGAAUGGAAUACAUGUCCUAGAGCAAGAAGAAUUACUGAUUUAGAUGACUCUUUCUACCUGAUGACUGUAAGAUACAGAUGCACCAACGACAAAACACCCCACUCUUUCAACGGAUAUGAUAAGGGUUUAGUGCAACAGUUACCUAGAAUUUAUGCCAAAGAAUUUCCAGCCAUUUUGACCGAAUCUUCUGGAAUAUCUACUAAGCUUGCAAAACUUAUGCGACCUUUAUUUCAAAGCGGUGUUGGGCCACAGCGACUGAGUAAAGUAUUACGAGUUAUGCAUACUGAACAUUUCGAUGAGCUUCAAUUCCAGUAUUACAACAAAAUGGUUGAAAAAUUACAAAAUCCCACCAUGAUUGACUGCCUAAGAAAAAAAAGAGAUGGUGGCAGUGUGUCGUAUGAUGAGUUUUCUUCAUUUGGUGAUAAGCAAACGUAUGCAGGAUAUAUUCCUUGCGCUAACUAUCUUAUUCAUGUUUAUUCGUCGCUUAUUGAAGAAUUUGUCCCGUUCAUGGACCAGUUGACUUCAAUGACUGAUGGAAUUAUAUUAAAGGGAGAUCACUCUUUUAAAAUAAUUAAGCACAUGGGCAAAACAAACGGUACAUCUGUGUUUUCUUCUCUUUACACUGUUAUGAACGAAUAUGAGGAAAUACGAAUGCAAGUGUUGGCUCACACAAAAUCUCUUAAGGAACUAUCCGGAAGUUUUGGGUCUAUGAUGGAAAGUUAUCGACGUUAUGGAUUUGAUAUGCCACAGGUGUUUUAUACUGACAACGUAGCUGCAGACAAAAAUACACUCGAGGCUUAUAUUCCUUCUCUUUCAGACAAUGUACGAGCAAUUGUGAUUGACAAAUCUACAGGCGAUGCAAAUUUAUCAAACAAAGAUCAGUUUCCUCCAGCAGUAUUGCCUGAAAGUAUCGCAAUCGAAAUAAGAGAUACAGCGCAAGGGAUAGAUGAAUCAUGUCAGAAAAUUUUAGAUACUAUUGAUGUUGACGAUAACAGCAGCGAGAUUUUUGUCGGAUUUGACUGUGAAUGGGUCGCUCCCAAUUUUAGAACAACCCGUGCCCCAACAAGCCAUGUUGCUUUAGUUCAAAUUUAUCAUGAGGAAUCAAAUACUAUCUUCCUUUUCCGAAACUUCAGCUUUGAUCGAAAUACAUUUCCUGGAAAACUCAAAGAAAUCAUAGCUUCCAAAAGAAUAAGAAAAAUUGGAAAAAAUGUUGGUGGAGAUUUGACAAGAUUGAAACGAUAUGUUUCUGAGACCAAUGGCGAGCUAGAGCUUGGUACUUACUGCUUCAAUCGUAAUGCUAUUAGCAGUAGUAGAAAAUCACUGAGUGACAUAUGUAAUGUUAUUCUUAAAAUUCAUCUUCCAAAAAGCAAUGAUGUUAGAUUAAGUAAUUGGGAAGCUCUGGAGUUAAGUGAUCAGCAAAAACGAUACGCAGCUUUGGAUGCAUAUGUAGCGAUUGCCGUUUACAAUUCUGUAAAAGGAAUGCAACUGGUGAAUGAGUAUGUUACAAAAAAUACUCCAGUUGGUACGUUUGUUGGUGUAUUCCCCCGAAGUGCAUCGAAAACAGUGACAGCGGCAGCUUUUGGCUACAUUGCUGACUCUAAUAAUCCUGAAAGUCAUGAUUUUUCUUUACAGAAUUCUAUUUUUACUCCCCUGGAAAAAACUGAUAUGGCUCUCAUCAAGUUCGUGAAAGUUAAACGUCCUGGAUUAAUUUUGGAUAAAUACAAAGCAGCGAAUAGUGGAUGUGAAGACAGAAGUGUUACUUUGGAGAUGUUCGGAGACGUGCCCUUUCUUGCAUAUGUGGAAUACAAAUGCCUGCGUACCGCCUCUGAAUCUAUAAAUCUCAGGGAUAUACAUUCGGAGACUCUUACCGAGUCAACCAUUCCUGCAAAUAUCUCUUUCUCGUCUAGUAACGCGCCUGUUCGACUUGAUGAACAUAGAAGUACUUCCGAAAAAGCAACGGUUCUUAGUAGAGUAUUAAAGGAUGCUUUUCAUUUGAUCGAACAGAUACCUAUAUCUCUAAGACAUGGUAUGGCAAAGGAUUUCAAACGCAGGUUUAGAGAUUGUCUUUUUGCUGUAAAUGAAGAAGACAAAAAGAAAGUAGAAGAAUAUGUGAUCAGCAUUGGUUCAGAUUGGGCAACUCAUUUAGUUAACAAUCCAGAUUUCAUAUGGGAGCGGGUUAGAAGAAGUAUACCGCCGCCAAAUGAGCUCGCAAACCUUGUUCCAGAUUGCUUUGAUAAAUAUGCUAAUCUUGUAUGUAUAAAAACGGGAAAUCCUCUAUUUGAUAAAGAGUCUAUAUCAGCAUCAAAAAGAGUGAUGGAUCAGAUUAAGGCUGGAUAUGUGUCUGAUAUUGUUGAUGGCCCGCCUUUGUACACGGAGAAAGGUUUCGAUAAAAAAGGUUUAAUGAGGUAUGCUUGUAGUAGAGGUACUUCAUCUGUGGAAGGAUCCUGUCAUUUCAAUAUUAUCAGAAAAUUUUCGUCUUUUAAUGCUGGGCCAAGACUCACUAAUAUGGCUCUUUAUGAUUACCGUCUGUUUCACAACAUUAAUAUGGGCUCUAAAAACCGCUACGUUGGGCAUCCAAUGCGAACUGAUUCCUAUUUUGGAAGUAGUAUGUUAGAAAGCGCCUACUUAUAUGGUCAUACAAAUGAAAAAUUUGGCAUAUCACCAAUUCCUUCUCAUAUCAAAAAUGACCACCUGAUGCUUCCCUAUGACCCCAAUACGUAUUUCCAGUCUGGUCUACCUGAAAAUAACACAACAAUCAAGUCAGUCAAUAACAAAAAUCCAUCAAAACGCUUUUUAGAAGAAAAAAAAGAGAAUAACUUGAAUAGAUUCGCCAAAACAAGAAUCACUGAACAAAGAAUUUUUGAACUUAGCGCUAUACCUAUAGUGAAACUUCCCAACAUGUACUAUGCAUCCCAUCAGUUUAUUUAUCGAUAUCUGAGCAAAUGUCAAGGAACCAAAUAUGCAGUAACUGCGGUACAUACUCCCCAAGAAAAAUCAUUAUUUGAUCUUAUGUUGGAUGAUUCCAAUGAAAACUCAAAAUACGCAUACCUUAAAUCUGCCAAUGGCAUUGUGAACUUUGGAUUAAUGGCAGCCGCUUGGUCCAAGAUUUGCUCCUCUACCAACUUCAUAUACUACAAAACGCCUGAGCAUCUUUGCUCUUAUAAUAAUAUACUUGAAGAUAGAAGAAAGUACCGUGAUACAGUAGCGCACAACAUAGUAGCAUCAAGAUCAAUUCGUUUAGCUGCUCAAUCUAAACGAAGAUACAAUACAUCUACAGCCGCCAAAAAGUACAGAAGACUUGAACCUACUAUUAACACACUUAACAGAACAAUCACUCCAAGUAGUGAUUGCUUAGAACAAACGACUUCCACACCUAUCAACAUUGCACCUAGGCCACCUACCCUUAUUGAUAUUCCAAACGAAGUUCAUCCAUCUAAUAUUUUUGGAAUUGGAAAUAAUACUACUUUGCAGAUAAUCGAUGUGGAGUCUAACCAUGCCAGUAUAAACUCAAGCAACAAUGUUACAGAAUUAGCCUGCAGCAAUAGCCCUAUCAAGAAAAGUAUAAAGCGAGCUCCUCGAAAAUGCCAAUUGUGCCAAAACACUUCUCCCACUUGUAAAGGUAGCUCGAAGUCACUAUACUGUAAAUUUAAAUGUGGUAUCUGUGCAAAUUCUGACUGCCCCGCAAGAUUUGAAAAUACAAAAGAAUGUCUUAGAAAGUAA